AUGACUUCUGCAAUGCCUGAGCUUGGCUCAAAAAUAAGCUUAAUAUCCAAACAACUUGGAAUACGGUAUCAAGGCACGUUAGUUGCAUUUGAUGCACAAAAGAACACAAUCGCACUUAUGAAUGUACUUUCAUUUGGAACAGAAAACAGAGAUACUCAAUUUCCAGUUGUUCCACAAAAUCAAGUUUAUGAAUAUAUACUUUUCCGUGCUUCGGAUAUCAGGGAUAUUCGUGUUGUGGACAGUAUGCUUUUAAUCCCAAACGAUCCAGCUAUUAUUAAGAUGACUGUUCAACAGGCACCAAUUGGUCAACAGACAUAUCAAAUGAUGCCAGGUAUGGCUGGACCAGCAUCAUCAAUACCUGGUUUUCCAGGUGCUUAUCCAAUGUCAGUAGGUGGUGGCGGUGGUGGCCAUAUCAUGAUGGCUAAUAAUGCCAGACCACAAAAUCAACAUGUGUACAAUCAUUCAGUCACAGAUGUACUUGAUUUGAGUGGUAGUGGUGGUGGUGGUGGUGGUGGUUCACGUUCAAAAACUCCACCACCAUCAUUGACUGCCAGCAAAAGUCCAUCAAUUGGUCAACCAACAUAUCAAAUGAUACCAACACCAAAUAAUCCACAUUCAAUGAUGCCAGGUAUGGCUGGACCAGCAUCAUCAAUACCUGGUUUUCCAGGUGCUUAUCCAAUGUCAAUGGGUGGUGGUGGUGGUGGCCAUAACAUGAUGGCUAAUAAUGCCAGACCACAAAAUCAACAUAUUAUGAAUAAUAAUCAAAUAAAUAAAGCACCAAGUGAGUUGAAUCCAGCAAGUGGUUAA